ACAUUUUGAAAUCCGCGGUAAAGGGGCGAAGAAGUUUCGAGAAAAUCGAAGGAAAAAAUUUCAACGCGACAAGCAGAAGCAGCGCCAACAGUUAGGUUACAUUUCACAUCUCGCUGAACUAGUUAUUCUCCAGCAACGUGCACUCGUGAUAGCCGGUCAUUUUUUAUUCUCAGGCAUUAUUCUUUCACUUAAUAAUCAAUCAAAAUGGCAGCAGCAAUUAAGAGAAUCAUUCCUUUGAUGGACCGAGUACUCGUUCAAAGAGCCGAUGCUAUAACUAAAACAAAAGGUGGAGUCUUGUUACCAGAGAACCAGAAGAAGGUUCUUCAAGCCACUGUAGUUGCUGUUGGACCUGGCUCCAGAAAUGAGCAAGGACAACAUAUUCCAAUGAGCGUAAAUGUAGGAGACAAAGUUCUCCUUCCCGAGUAUGGUGGCACCAAAGUUACUCUUGAAGAGGACAAAGAAUUACAUCUUUUCCGUGAAUCAGACAUUGUUGCUAAAAUCGAAUCUUAAUAGAGUAUAUUUUUAGUUCUAGCUCUAUAAAAUUAUCAAA